AUGACCGAUGAACCCGACUCGUCAUCGUCGGCAGAUACGCUUGUGCCGACACCUCCUCCUGCUACGUCACCAGAAGCACCAGCCAAGCUCACGGUUGACGAAGGGGCUGCUGUAUUCCCAAGAUCACAGGCGGAGCGCAUAUCAUUCCUGUCCACGCUGGCCCGUGAUCUUCCGGACCACUACAUGUGCACAGAAUGCAUGGCUCUGCAUUCGGCCACAGCGGAGGAAUGCCACGCAAAGGACGUGGCUAUCAUAGAAAAUUCAUCCUACAAGAAAGGCCCGACGGUCAUGGAGGCGGCACUGCACGCACCGUGCCAGCGCACCGCUAUCACGGCCGACGCGUACGAUUUUCGCUUACCGCGUGAACCCCCAAAAGACAAAGAUGCAGCAGUGACCGCGGAGCGCUACCAGCACGCUCUCGGGUUCAUGGGUCAGGCGUCGUCGUCCAAGAGGACACCGUUGGCUGGUCUGACGCACCGGGAUGUACAGCUGACUCUGAAGCGUGCGCGGCUGCUGACGUCCAUGGAGACGGCAGAGAGCGAGAAGAAGGCGAAGGGAGAGAGCAGCGGUGACGGCGGACACGUGACUGCCACCCAGCGGAAGUACCGCAAGAACGGUUUUGCUGAAAUCGCUGCCGACAUGGCCAUGCGCCAAGACGGAGAAACGCUGAAGAGCAAGACAGCUGACGUCAAGAAACACCGCCAGCAACUGACGUCUCGUCUCCAGCUCGCGCUCGCACCCAUCAAGGCUGACUGCGCGCUGACCAGGACCGACCGCGCCAGCACGAGCAGCUACCCCUACGUGCAGAAGACGACGGUCAAGUACACAUUUGCGGCGCGCAUCGAGCAGGCCCGCUACCUGCUCAAGACCACCGUCAAGAUGGCCCGUAGUGAGGUGGCGAAUGUCAGCCUGGCCAUCUGCCCGCACCUCCUGCUCAACCAUCACAAGUCCGAGGUGUGGGCCGACAUGGCCAGGGAGGCCGUCGAUGCAUGCCAAGACUGCCAGGCGUCGGGGGCAACCAAGCCCUUUGCCCUCCAGAUGGCCGUCCGCCACGUGGGCGAGGCCAUGGCGGCCAGCGUUCGGCACGCCCGCCACAUGUACAAUCUCGGCGGCUGUGAUGUCGACGAGAUGGACGCCAACGAAUGCGACAGCGAUCAUGACCGCGCCGACAAAGAAAUGGACGGCAAGCAGCAGCCCAUGCGCCGGCGUGGUAGCUGCCACCGAUGUGCCACGGACUUUGCGGUGCGCGGGCUCCUGCGGGCGGACCAGAUCAUGCUGUGCGUGUGGCAGGACCUGGGCGGCGAGACGGACGUGACGGAUGCCCACUGGCAGAGCCACGUAGCGGGGACGAUGCUGCCGAUUGACAAGGGGCAGGGCGCGGGAGAGACAACGAACCUGUGGAACGACGGUCUGACGAUGGCGCAUACGGCAGGCGACGUGCGUGCUCUCUACGAAGGAAGGCCAGGCUGUUGA